GGCAGAAAGCCGCCGUUCCCGGCCUCAAGGCACCUCCAUCUCAGGACUGUCCCCGCAAGUGACCUCCCACCCCCGGGUCCAGAGGGGCUGACCUGAGGCCGAGGGGAGCCUCCUCUCAGGGUACACCUGACAGCCAGCUAGGGUCUCCCUGCUUCUCUGAGAUGGGGCAGAGGAAGGCACCCCGGGUAGCUGGGCAGGCCUGGGUCGUGGUGAAGACCUUGAGGACAGCCCAAGGUGGCCGCUGGCAGCUAAGAAACCAUCUCACCCUGCACCUGCUGCCCAGGCUCUCCCUGCUGACCUGGGCCAGCUCGGGCCAGCACCACUUGGUGAGCUCAGAGGAAGUCUGUCCCAGCCAAGGUGAUGGGAAGGUCAUCCCCAAGGGCUGGGCACCUGCUGGGCGCUGUAAACCAGCUGUGGCACGUUGGUCAGGCCAGGGCUGCGCCCCCAACCCGAGGUCACUGGUCCCAUUGGGUGGACCUUGAAAGGGGCUUUGCUGUGUAAAGACGGCGCUGGCAGAGGGUGGAGGAGGUGAGGCUGCCGGCGAAGCUGGGGUGGGAAGCAGCGUUCAGACCUGCUGGUUUUCCAGGGUGCUUACCUGACAGGUCAUCUCCAAUUUUAGGAAUGUAGCAACAUGGCUUUCAAAGCUCGUCUGAGUGCGCUGGGAAACAGGGCCACGGGAACGGAGAAUUUCUAGCUUGGAGGAAAUCCUUGCCACUAGGUUUGAAGGAGGCACGGCCCCUCUACAUGCUGCUCUCUUCCUUCCAGGGCACGGAUAGAGCCCCUAGGCAGUGGGAGCCCCCAGGCCUCGUGGGGCAGGGGCGGCAGGUGCAGGGUGGUGCCCGGGGCCUGAACCCAUGAAGGCCCCCCCAGCCUCAGCGCCUCUGCUGACCCCAGAUGGAAAAUUUCCAGUACAGCGUCCACCUGAGUGACCAGGACUGGGCCGAGUUCUCCGCCACCACUGACGAGUGUGGCCUCCUGCAGGCCAGCCUGGCCUCUGGGGACGAGCUCUUGUCCAGUGACACUGACCAAGGGGGCAGCAGCGGCAGCAGCCCCCCCAGGGCCCCGCCUCUCCUGACCGGGCGGCCAGCGGCAGGGGGCCAGGGCCCUGAGGAGGAGGGCGUGGCCCCACAGUCCCCAGUCAGCAGGUCUCGGUGUGAGCCUGUCUUGGCCCUGGGGACCAGUCACCAGACACCCAGCACGUCCGCACGGGCAGAAGCUCCACUGUCCCUUGGCCCCGGCAGCCCCGCUCCCAGCCGGCGCUCAUCCUGCCCCAGUCCAGCGUCUUCUGGAGACCAGAUGCAGAGACUUCUACAGGGCCCUGCCCCACAGCCCCGGGGGGAGCCCCCUCGGAGUCCCGAGUCCCCUGACCACUGUGCUGCCUCCCAGAGGCCCCCCAGUAGCCCUGGAGCCUCGCCACGGAGCCCCGGCCGAAAGAAGAGGCGAGCGGUGGGUGCUAAGGGGGGUGGGCAGGCAGGAGUCCCUGCUUCUGCACGGACGGGCUCCCCACUGCUCCCUGCAGCCAGUCCUGAGAUGGCAAAGCUGACAGCCAGAGCCGGGCAGGAGGAGCUGGGGCCAGGUUGGGGCCUGUCCACACCUGUCCCUUUGACUGAGCAAGGUACAGACCAAAUUGGAGCCGCCCCCAGCGCCAGGCUGCACACGGUGUCCACACCCAUCCAGGAAGUCCACCCAGAUGUCUCAAGGUCUGAGUCAGGCAUGGCUGUGUCUACACCCACCUCCAAGCCUCAAACUGAUGUGGCUUUGUGUAUACCUGCCUCUGAGCCUCAACCUGACACAGACGUGACUGUGUCUACACCCGCCUCCAAGCCUCAGCCUGACAUGACUGUGUCUACACCCACCUCCAAGCCUCAGCCUGACAUGACUGUGUCUACACCCACCUCCAAGCCUCAGUGUGACAUGGCUGUGUCUACACCGGCCUCCAAGCCUCAACCCGACAUGGCUGUGUCUACACCCGCCUCUACUUCUCAACCAGACACGGACAUGGCUCUGUCCACACCGGCCUCCACACCUUGCCUGGAUGUGGCCUUGGCUACAGCAGGCCGAGCGGUGAAGCUAGAGGUGGCUUCAUCUCCACCUGUCUCAGGGGCUGUGCCAAGGAUGGCCGAGUCCGCCAGGCUUGUGUCUACACCUGGUUCUGGAGCUGACGCCGCCGGCCCCGCUUGGUCUCCCACCCGAAGGGCCGGGCCUGACGUGGUGGACACAGAGGUUGUCGGGUCUGAGCCCUCAGCAGGGGCCUGUGGACGCCGCUCUGGGGAGCCUGCACUGGGUCUCACCCAAGUCCCCAAGAAGAAGAAAGUGCGAUUCUCCAUGGCUGUGCCCACUCCCAAGGAGCCAGGCUCAGGAGAGGCCUCAGGCCCGGCCCCGCCCGCCACAGCCCGGCCCUCAGCCCCCCGGACGGCGACUGGGGGUCACGGGGGGCCCGGAGUCUGGGACGCAGUGGCCGUCGGGCCCCAGCCCCACCAGCCUCGGAUCCUCAAGCACCUGCCUCGCCCGCCCCCUUCUGCCGUGACGAGGGCCGGGCCCGGGAGCCGCUUUGCUGUGACCCUCCCAGAGGCCUACGAGUUCUUCUUCUGUGACCCCAUCGAGGAGGACGAAGACGCCGAGGCGGCAGCGGCCAGCCAGGGCCCGGCGGACGUCCAGUGGCCGGACACGUGCGAGUUCUUCUUCCGAGACUGUGGCACCCAGACAUCGAGGCAGCGGGGGGCCCCAGUGCUGCCCCCGAGAGCCGAUCCCGUGCCGGCCCCCCCACCUGGAGACCCCGUGCCCAUCUCCAUCCCUGAGGCCUAUGAACACUUCUUUGGAGAGGACGGGCUUGCGGGUGUCCCGGGUGCGGGGACUGCCCCACACUCGCUACAGGCCCCGGAGCCUCCCAGCUCGGCCUCCCAGGGGGCGGGGAUUGGCACCCCCUCCACGACAGCCGCAGUGGAGCGGCUCCACCUGGCUCUCAGGCGGGCAGGGGAGCUCCGGGGGCCCAUCCCAUCAUUUGCCUUCAGCCAGAAUGACAUGUGCCUGGUGUUUGUAGCCUUUGCCACCUGGGCUGUGAGGACGUCAGAUCUGCACACCCCGGACGCCUGGAAAACAGUCUUGCUCGCCAACAUCGGCACCGUCUCUGCCAUCCGAUACUUCCGUCGGCAGGUGGGGCAGGGCCGCCCCCGCCGCAGCCCCAGCCCCAGCUCCUAGGAGCCAGGCCCGGGCCAGGGAGAUGCGGGACGAGGAGCUGACCACGGAUGCCUGGGACAGGUGCCGCCCUCGCCUGGGCCCCCUGACCUGUCUUCUGCGGGGUCCGGGAGGGGGAACGUGUCCCGGCGCUGCUCCCUCGGACUCACCUGAGGGUCCAGCCAGCGAGCACGGCUGCUCCCCACACUGGGGAGGGAGACGCGUCUGGGCGGGUGGAGGCCAGGCAGGUGGCUGGGUCGCAGGGGGCCAGAUUCACAGACGAAAACACAGGGCAUUUGGUUACAUUUGAAUUUCGGACAUGCAACACUUCGGAGGCCACUUUACUGAAAAGUGACUUGUUCACCUGGAAACUGCAGCUGCGCUUCUGGGAGCAGUGGGGCUGAGUGGCAGGACAGGAGCUCUGGGCAAGGACAUGGGGUGGCCUCAAAGCGGGCUGGGGGGGUCUAAGGACUCUGCUCUCCUCACGGUGGGCUUGGUGACAAGGGCUCUGAGGCCCAUCACCCCGAUCCCAGAGGGACUGUGGCCAAGGCCUCUCGGGGCUCUGGCCUGACACAGUGAAGGCAGCCCGGCAGCCCCUGCGGGGCGGGGGAUCUGUAGCAGAGCCCUGAGGGCCCUUGGUGCAGGUGCUGAGAGAGAAUUUGGUGGCAUCAGAUGGAGGACUGGGCUCCGGGCUUGUCCCUGGGGGGCUCAGAGGAGUCAGAGACGUGGUGGGAAGGUGGGUGAGGGGCCCAAGGUGGCAGAGGUGGGGUGCUGUGGGGCAGCUGGGGGCCACAGCCAAGAGGGGUCAGAGACGUGGUGGGAAGGCAGGUGAGGGGCCUGAGGUGGCAGCAGCAGGGGGCUGCCUGGCUGGGUGCCAGGUGGGGGACCCCCGAGGCAGCGUGAGAGUGUCCCCAAGACUCUGGGAGACCCCAGCUGCUGAGCAGAGAACACGCAGACACGGCACCAAUAAAAUCUUUUUCUUUUUUUCUCUC